CCAUCUGAAUCCCCUUUCCAUUUAUUUCUCUCUAAUUUUUCUCUUCGAGGUGCGCAUGUCCUCCGAAGAUCCAGAGACUCAGCGAAGAAGCAGGCUCCGCCAAUUCCUGACGUGAGAGAUCUUACGGUGUGAGUCGAUGUGGCAUAGCUGUAUGCACGGCAGAGGAAUCUUUGCCGACGUGAAGCCGAUGUCGUGACUUGUCAUGGGAGCCUUCUGGGUCUGUUAGCCUUCUGGGUCUGUUAGAUUUUGUGUUUGUGUGGUGUAUUUGCUUGAAAGGUGGCGAGGGUUUCUGUGGGGAUUGUGAGAGGCGUUUGUGGAGUUUUGGGUUUUAGGAUUUGGAUCUCUGGUGAGUUGCAACCGAUCGAGAGUGAUGGCCGAAAGUACUUCCAGAGCCAUUCCUAUGGAGGAAGCUGGAAGGAAAGCUGCUAUUGCUUCAGGGAUUGAGGAUGUGAAGCAAGCCGCCGGUGCUUAUCAGUUGCUGUUGGCCUGCCCCGCGGGCGUGCCUGCAUCGUUGCUUGAAGUAGAGUUUAGUCCGGCGUAUGAUCGGCAACCCCACCCAGACAGCGCACUUGAAAAUUCCAUUGAGAAAAUGUGGGAGGAACGACUCGCAGUUCAGCCUUCCUUUUUCAAUGGCUCCAAAUUCAGAUACGGAGGCUAUGAGAUUCUUACGGGCAGCGAAGAAAUGGCGUGGGCCACGAGUGCACGUCUGCAUUUGGGCCUCACAGACUACAAAACCUUUGUCGGAACUAAUCUGUGCCCUCAUUGGGAGCAUUUCUUGGCCCCUGAUGUAGAGGACGCGGCCAGAUGCAGACAUACAGCUAGCCCUCUAGGAAAUGGAGCUAUCGUGAAGACUGCUGAUCACAAAAUUGUAGUCCUGCAACGCGGCUCUAAUGUUGGUGAAUUCCCCAACACCCUGGUUUUUCCAGGUGGACACUCUGAGCCAGUGGAGAUAGGAAUUAAGGGCCAUGUUGACAGCAAUUCAGACACUGAAAAAAGAGCUUUAGAAGCAAAAGUUGCACGGGAAAUGUUCGAGGGCAUCACGCGUGAAGUGGUGGAAGAGACCGGCAUACCUGCGUCAUUUCUGAGUGAGCCACUAUUCAUUGGCAUUUCUCGCCGUGUAUUAAAUGUGAGACCGACUGCCUUUUACUUUAUCAAGUGCGCACUGUCGUCUUCUCAAGUUCAAGCGUAUUAUCUUCGUGCAGCAGAUGGGUUUGAGUCGUCCCACCUUCUUUUGGUGCCUCAGGAUGAGUUGCUUCAUGUAGCAAAGAAAAUGCCGGGUUGUCAUCACGGUGGUGCUGCACUUUACGAUUUGGCAAGAAAGAUUCUAGAUUAAUGGCAAAUGGGCGUUCAUCUCUGCCCUUUACUGAUUGAAGGCAGUAUCAGAGUAUGUACGUAGAGCAACUUCAAUUUAAAAUUGACGGCCUAGUCCACUAUUGUUCCAAUUGUGAAUCGGAGUUUCAAUAAUGUCCAAUGUGCACUGCCUUUUGGUGUUUUGAUA